AAACAUGCAGCAAAGUUAAAAUCAAUCAAACCUCUGUAUACUUCUCCAGUGUUUCUUUUUGUGCACAUGCUACGACUAUGGAUGUUCAGCAUGAGCAAAGUCAAGUUAGUUACAAACUAGUAGAUGUAGCACAGCCCGCCAGAGUGACAGUUCUGAUGAGGUGUUUGAACCAUGUGGUCCACUGAGAGCAUGGAGCCAGAGAAAGCACACAGCCAGAGAAGCUUCUUCAACAAGGUGGACGUGCCUGAUCAUGUUCACUACCUUGUGGCUUCAUUUGUCUUCAUCAUUGGGGCACUGGGCAUCACUGGAAACUCUCUGGUUAUGUUUGCCUUCUACAGCAGCAAGAAACUUCGUAACUUGCCAAACUACUUAAUCAUGAACUUGGCAGUCAGCGACUUCCUCAUGGCUUUUACGCAGUCCCCCAUCUUCUUCAUCAACUGCCUCUACAAGGAAUGGGUAUUUGGAGAGAUGGGAUGUAAGAUGUAUGCAUUCUGUGGUGCCCUGUUUGGCAUUUCCUCAAUGAUAAACCUGCUGGCCAUCUCGAUUGAACGCUAUGUAGUUAUCACCAAGCCUCUGAAGGCCAUCCACUGGAGCUCGAAAAGAAGAACCACUCUUGCCAUUCUCGUGGUCUGGCUUUACUCUUUGGCAUGGAGUCUAGCUCCUCUAGUUGGCUGGAGCUCCUAUAUCCCAGAGGGCCUCAUGACAUCUUGUACGUGGGAUUAUGUUACGUACACAACAGCCAGUAGGAGCUACACAAUGAUGCUGUGCUGUUUUGUCUUCUUUAUCCCACUGGGAAUCAUCCUUUACUGCUAUCUUCUAAUGUUUCUGUCUAUAAGGAAAACUGGGAGGGAACUAGAACGUUUGGGGACUCAGGUGAGAAAAUCCACUCUCAUCCAGCAGAAAUCUAUUAGGAGUGAGUGGAAAAUGGCAAAAAUUGCCUUUGUCGUAAUUGUGGUCUACGUCCUCUCCUGGUCUCCAUAUGCCUGCGUCACACUAAUUUCUUGGUCUGGCCAUGCCAACAUCUUGUCGCCAUACUCCAAGACAGUCCCUGCAAUAAUAGCAAAAGCCUCAACUAUCUACAAUCCUAUCAUCUAUGCUAUCAUACACAACAAAUACAGGAUGGCACUGGCAGAGAAAUUUCCCUGCCUGUGGUUUCUGUCUCCCACUCCUCGAAAAGAAUGCAUCUCAUCCUCCAUCAGCGAGUCCUCUUUCAGAGACUCAAUCAUCAGCAGACAGUCGUCAGCAUCAAGGACCCACUUUAUUACUGCCUCCUCCAAGCUCUCUGACGUGUUAUUGAGGGAUGUGGAGAUGGAGCCUCUGGGCAGGAGGUCAGGUGAUUCCUUCAGAAGCAUAUUAUCACACAGUCAGUCCUGUAAGAGUUCCUGUAAAAAACAGUUAGACCGGAAGACAACCAAAACCCACACAGCAGAGAAGCAUCCGUCUGUCAUGAGUGAACCAUCAAGGACCUGUGAUCACGAGCUGGUUUCCAGUUCUCUGAGCAUCGCCGCUCUCCCCCUCCUGGUUCUUACCAGGAGGCGCAGCCACAGUCUGACCAGUGCGAUUUCAGAUGCCUGUGGUGAGAAAGGAAGAAUCUGCGAUAGGCUGAACAGCCACAAGAGCGAUUCUUUUGAUUGCCUGAAUUUUGGAAAAAUGCCACCCACAGGCCCCAGAUCACCCCAGGGUGUUCCUCGCAUCAUCGUCAUCAGUCCCACCACUGAAAGCAGCCUCAUUAACCAAGACAGUGUCUCCUUAGAAGACAGCAUUGAGUCAAUGGAGAACAAUGUUUUUGUCACCCUAAACUUUUCAUCAGAAGUUUUUGAGGCACUUGAACUACUUUCUUGACCAACUGGACUACUGGAUGUUUCCAGAUUAAUAAAAAAAUAUACAUCAAACUUUUUGCUACAUGCCAACAUUCAUAUUGGCUAUAUAGACAUAAGGAGUUAUUCAGCUCUUACAUGUAUGCGUGCCCCUCUACUCCCCUCUAUUGACUAAUUGACUCGACAAGGAAAACUUGUAUGGCAAAUGAAACAAUAAGCUGAUUCUGUUAUGCAGUGUGCAGUGUGCAGUGUUCGUCAGAGUUUGGCACAGACAAAGGACCCCUAAGGGGCAGCAAGCUUUUAUUAGAUCUUUCAAAAAUGACAAGUGCAACUACAUAUUUUCAAGAGCUUGGGGCUAAAGCUUGACAGGCUGAAUUUAAGUUUAUCUAUUGAAGCAAAGGUCCAUGCAGCUGUGAUGGAAACUUUUGAACUGAAACAGAAUUCAUUCUUUAAGC